AAAUGAAAAUUAAACAGCACCCGUAUCAUAAUAUUUAUAUUUCUCAGCGUGCUCAAUACGCCUAAGACAACAAGUUUUAAUCUAUAUAAGAAUGAUAUGCACAUCGAAGUCCCAUUUGAAUGAAAUGCAUUGUUGCCAUACCCUGAACACAUCGAAAAUGGAAAAUGCCUGUAACAGGCAGCAGGAGGCGUGGCAGAAUCAACUCUUCGCAAGGCUCAGGAUAUUUCCUAGUUGAGCCAUAAAUAGCUGAUGUGGAACUCAAACAUUUCGAAAAUCUGUCGUGUAGUGCUCAAGACCUUGCUGAAUUCUUUUAAGAUUAGCUAUAAACUGAUAAUGAUUUUCUUAGAAUUAUUUUCUUUCAGUCGUUAUCUUGCCCCUACCAUAACCGUUUUCCGCCUUGCAAAAUGUCGGUCUCCAAGCUGAAUAAUCCUCACUUAGAUACAAUGACCUCUGAUUUUCUAUAUCAUUUGAACAUUAAUGUGGCCUGUAGCCAGAACGCCGCCGAUAUUGAGAACCAAUUUGGCGACAUUAGGGUUAUAUGCACAGGAGGCACUCAAAAACGCAUGAAAGAAUUGGCGAUAUAUUUGCGGCCUAUACUUGGAAUAGCUGAUAAUAGAGAGCCGGUCGAUCUAUGCGAGAGCGGUCAGCGCUAUGCUGUCUACAAGGUGGGACCGGUUCUGUGUGCCAGCCAUGGCGUUGGCUCCUCAACGUUCUCGGUGGUGCUGCACGAGCUGCUGAAGCUGGUCAGGUAUGCCAAGUGCAAAGACGUCGUAUUUUUGCGCAUUGGCACAUGCGGCGGCGUGGGCGUGGAGCCGGGCACAGUCAUUGUCACUGAAAAGGCCUAUAAUGGUUGCUUAGAGAACGUGCAUGAAAUCCCCAUUUUGGGAAGGCGUGUGGUGCGACCCGCUUUUUUUGCACAGGAUGUUGUCGAAGGCAUUUUAUGUGUUGGCAAUCAACCCAAUGAUGUCUUCAAAACCAUAAAAGCGAAUACGAUGUCAACAGACUGCUUCUAUGAGGGUCAAGGACGCACCGAUGGCGCUGUGUGUGAAUAUUCCGAAGACGAUAAAAUGAAGUUCCUGCAGAAAGCGCACGAUCUGGGCAUUCGUAAUAUCGAAAUGGAGGCCACCAUGUUUUCCUCGCUGACUAGAAAGGCGGAUGUAAAGGCUGGCUGCAUUUGCGUAACAUUAAUCAAUCGACUGAAGGGCGAUCAGGUGACCAUUACAAUGGAGCAAAAACAUGAAUUUGAGCAACGUCCCUUUAUAAUUGUUGGGCGCUACAUUAGCCAUCUGCUAAAAUAGGACUGAAUAUAAUAUUUUUACUAUUGAAUAUUAGAUUAAAUAAAAGAUCGUUGAAGCUUUU